UUUACAGCACACCGGCGCUGGGCGAAGGAGCACCAUGGCGGACAAAGCAGAGAUACAGGAGGCGAUAAAAACACAAGGAGAGGUUGUUAGGAAGCUGAAGGCAGAGAAAGCCAGCAAAGAACAGAUCGAUGAGGAGGUGGCCAAACUCCUGGAGCUCAAGGCCCAGCUGGGAGGCGACGAUGGCAAACACGUUUUCGUGCUCAAGACUGCCAAGGGCACGAGGGACUACAACCCGAAACAGAUGGCCAUCCGUGAGAAGGUUUUCAACACCAUCAUCAGCUGCUUCAAACGCCAUGGUGCCGAGACCAUUGACACGCCCGUCUUCGAGCUGAAGGAAACGUUGACAGGGAAGUAUGGUGAAGACUCCAAGCUCAUCUACGACCUCAAGGACCAGGGAGGAGAGCUGCUCUCCCUGCGCUAUGACCUCACCGUCCCAUUCGCGCGAUACCUGGCCAUGAACAAGAUAACCAACAUCAAGCGCUACCAUAUCGCCAAGGUGUACCGGCGAGACAACCCUGCCAUGACCCGAGGCCGCUACAGGGAGUUCUAUCAGUGCGAUUUCGACAUUGCGGGACAGUACGACCCCAUGAUCCCCGAUGCAGAGUGUCUGAAGAUCGUCCACGAGAUCCUGAGCGAGCUGGAGCUAGGAGACUUCCGGAUCAAGGUGAAUGACAGACGCAUUCUGGAUGGAAUGUUUGCUGUGUGUGGGGUCCCAGACGAAAAGUUCCGAACCAUCUGCUCCACAGUGGACAAGCUGGACAAGAUGUCCUGGGAGGACGUGAAGAACGAGAUGGUGAAUGAGAAGGGGCUGGCCCCGGAGGUGGCGGACCAGAUUGGGGAGUACGUCAGCAUGCAGGGGGGAAUGGAGCUAGCAGAGAAGUUGCUGCAGGACCCAAAGCUCUCCCAGAGUAAGCAAGCCUGUGCCGGCCUGACAGACAUGAGGCAGCUCUUCAGCUUCCUGCAGCUCUUCAGGGUCACGGACAAGGUGGUGUUCGACCUGAGCCUGGCCCGCGGUCUGGACUACUAUACAGGUGUGAUCUACGAGGCGGUGCUGACCCAGUCCGGGCCGGCCCCGGCCCCGCCCCAGCAGCAGAACGGCGCGGCCGGGGAGGAGAGCGUGAGCGUGGGGAGCGUGGCAGGAGGCGGGCGCUACGACGGGCUGGUGGGCAUGUUCGACCCCAAGGGCAGGAAGGUGCCGUGUGUGGGUGUGAGCAUCGGCAUCGAGCGCGUCUUCUCCAUCAUGGAGCAGAAGGCCGAGGCCUCAGCAGAGAAGGUGCGCACCACGGAAACGCAGGUGAUGGUGGCCUCGGCGCAGAAGAACCUGCUGGAGGAGCGUCUCAAGCUGACCGCUGAUCUGUGGGAUGCUGGGAUCAAGGCAGAGGUGAUGUAUAAGAAGAACCCCAAACUGCUGAGCCAGCUUCAGCAUUGCGAGGACACAGGGAUACCCCUGGUUGCCAUCAUCGGGGAGCAGGAGCUCAGAGACGGGGUGGUCAAGCUGCGAACGGUGGCCAGUCGCGAGGAGGUGGACGUAUCAAGGGCAGAGUUGGUGGAGGAAAUCAAGAAGAGAACAUUUCAGUAGCUGACUGUUACCUGGCUCCAUGCAGCCCGUCCCAGGAGGUCGUGGAGCUUGCUCGAUGUAUAGCCCGGAACCCAGAGCAUGGAUCUGUAUACCAAUAGCAGAGCUCUCGCUCUCAUGUCAUUAAUGUAUGUACAUUCAAAACCAAGAGGAACCACGUUCAUCAAGUCUGUCCAUUCCAGCUGAAGUACACUGCAUCGUUAAGGCACCCUACCUUCCAGAAAAAACCCUAUUCAAAUAAAAUACUCUAUUCCUUUUAAAGGUCACUGAUCUCUGUACGACCCUCUGUAGGUAUUUGUGCUGCAGUGCUUUUUUUUCAAAUUUUUAGAAGUGCAUUGAAGACAUUAUGUGCUCUUUACCUCUAUAAUAUGGAGGAUGAAAGUGGACUUCUUAAAAAUUAAAAAGUUGAGAAUAAAUGC